AUGCUUGUCACCUUAUCUUCUCCGUUCAACUUGUUUCUUGACGACACUGGUAUAUUCUACUUGAGCUACUUUGAAGAGAACGUAGCCAACCUUUUGUCGAUCAGCCCACAGUCAUCGAAUUACUUUCUCAAGACAUUUUUCACCUUGUCCAUCACCAGCGAAGCUAUUCUGAACGUUCUCGCUGCCUGGGGGGCACUUUUUCACCCAAAUUCUGAUUUGACUUUGGUCAAUAAGUACAUUACAAAAGCCAGAAUUGUGGUUAACGAAAACCCAACAGACAAAUUUGACUUCUUCAUAGCCCUAGCAUACUACUUGAUUACCAUCGGAAUCCAGGUAUGCGCGGGAGACACCAGAAACUGGCAUCAGCUAUUCCGCAGAUGUGAAGACUUGAUGCGCAAUUAUGGUGGAUUCCUCAAGUUCAUCAAGGAUUUUAACUAUUCCAACGACUGUAAGUUCAUGAUUGCUAACUUCCAGUUCCAUGAUAUAAUGUCAAGUGAAACACUUCUGCGAGGUACGACAUGCUCUAUGAGCAACUACAACGAUCUCUUCCGUGUGAACAAAUUAUUAGAAACAGAUGGGUACGGUGUAGAUCCUUACCAGGGGUGUAUUCAACCCAUCUAUCUUCUUCUUGGAGAGAUUAUGAAUGUAUACGUGGAGCUCAAAGCUGAACGCAAGAACCUCAAUGAAAAAUUGAAUGUGGCCGAUAAUCUUGAAGUGUUUUCUACGCUAAAUCUGUUUAGAUUGGACCACUACAAGAAAAUAGACGAAAAAUACCAUGAACUAACAAAUAAGAUCAAUUGCUGCGAGCCUGUCCAGUCGCAAUUGGAUCAGCUUUCGUCCGAUGAAGAACGAGAAUCCCAUCUGAAACUAUUCCAGCUAUAUCGUAUCACCGGGAAAAUGUACAUUGCUAUCUACAUUAAGCAAACACAGCCAAUGUCUGCUGAAGUUCAGAACUACCUUGUUUCGGCACUUUCGCUCAUUAGUGACCUUAUUAAUACUAACCUCAUAAGCUCGCUCAAUAUGUCGCUUUUGAUAUGUGGAAUAUCAUGCUGCAACAAGUUUGACAGGCUCAAUCUUGAUUCAACCUUCGAGAAAGUCUACUCUCAUUACCAUGUUGGAAAUGUCAAGCGUAUCUGGGACGUUGUCAAGGAAAGUUGGAGAAGAAACUCUACAGGGACAGCAUGCAUCGACUGGAUCGAUAUCUGCAAUGAUUUUGGAUGGAAGUUGUCGAUGUGCUAG